UGUUGUGUCAAAGGUUAUCCUGCGAUAUUACGACACUUGCCGCUAAACGGGCGGUUGCAUAAAACAAGCAACAUGGCGGCCGUAGGUGGAUGUCGUCUGCUGUCUUUGAGAGUAUCUUGGCUAAAGUUCUCACGUCUCAGUUCAAUUCCAAGGGGGUCAUCCCUCUUGGACAGCCAAGGUGUCUCCAGACAAUACAGUGAUCAGAAGAAAACUGAAGAGAAAGCUCCACUCAGAAAGCCUAAAACACCAGCUGGGAAGUUGGACCAGAAGGAAGGGGACAGACAUCCAUAUGCUGAACAGGACCCAUUGCCUGCCUGGCCAGAUAACAUCAACCCACACACAGGAGAAAGAGGGGGUCCUAGGGGGCCUGAACCCACACGCUACGGAGACUGGGAGAGGAAAGGAAGAGUGACAGACUUCUAGAUGGGACAAUGAGAUGAAUCCACGGAUUGUAGUAACUGUGGUUAGCACAGAUUACAUUGACUGUGUUCACUUGUCAAUCAUGAUCAAUUACCUGAAUGAAGGUGAAAUGUCUAUGAUAUCAAGAUAGUGAUUCCUUGUAUAUUGUAGGGCAACAGUGGCUACCUACAACAAAAUCUGUAUCUGUGCAUAUGGUAGAAAAAUAAGCAACUUGCUUGUUUGUUUUU